AUGGCAGACACGCCGAAUGAUUUACCCCAGCGGCCCGGAACUCGCGGUCGCGAGCGCCUAGGUACACUUGCUGGCGGUUUUCAUUUUAGAGGCACAAGUGCAUCAAACACACCCCUCAGCGUGGAUGCAGCUCGGAUGCGGGAUGCUCGUCUGGAUCCGCGGCGCAGGGCUGCAGAGCAGCAGCGAGACACUGCUGCACGAGCUGCUGCUCGUCAAGACCCAGAGUACGGGGCUGCGGAGCAGCAACACCACCGAGACCGGGAGGGCUGGGCUGUGGGGCAGCACCACCACCAAGAUCCGGAGCGCAGGGCUGCGGAACAGCAGCGUAACACUGCUGCACGAGCUGCUGCCCGUCAAGAUCCGGAGCGCAGGGCUGCAGAACAGCAGCGUAACACCGCUGCACGAGCUGCUGCCCGUCAAGAUCCGGAGCGCAGGGCUGCAGAACAGCAGCGUAACACCGCUGCACGAGCUGCUGCCCGUCAAGAUCCGGAGCGCAGGGCUGCAGAACAGCAGCGUGACACCGCUGCACGAGCUGCUGCCCGUCAAGAUCCGGAGCACAGGGCUGCAGAACAGCAGCGUGACACCGCUGCACGAGCUGCUGCCCGUCAAGAUCCGGAGCACAGGGCUGCACAACAGCAGCGUAACACCGCUGCACGAGCUGCUGCCCGUCAAGAUCCAGAGCGCAGGGCUGCGGAGCAAGAGCGUGACACCGCUGCACACGCACAGGGCCGUGCUCAGGUGCAUGCAAUACAGCAUCCACAAGCCAGCUUGCUUGAACACUUGCGGAACCUCAUGCGGUUUCCCUGUUUGCACGAGGGCCAGCACCCACGGCCGCCUGAUUUUCUGGAGGCCAUUCCGGAAGGGCGCGUGCAGGAUUUGCCCGGCGGUGAACUCCCGGUGGAUCGGCAGGUACCCUACGAAAAGCACUUGCAUCUUGCAAGCAGGAUGGCCGCCGCGUUGCGUCGACGCAUGCCUUCGCGGGUGUGUGCCGUCUGCUCUGAACAGUGCUCGGAGGAACAGUCCACGCUCCGUGCCUGGCUGGACAUUCCCAAUGUGGACCUUUUGCGCGCCGACAUCAUGUGCACCGCCGCAGUGCCGCGUCAUGCGCGUACCCUGGCUUGGCGGCGCAUGCCCUGCACUGCCCAAGAUGAAGAUGCGUUAGCAGUUGACAGCGACGGUGGACACAACGGGACUAAUGAGCCAGGUGCUGCAGAUGACGCAGCCACAAUGCAGCUACCUCCGGAAUUACAACCCCAUCCACCGCGGGUGCAGCCGCGGCCUUGCGUCGAUGACCCAAUAAGUGUGGAGGUUCCGUUUUGCAUGCGUCUUGAUACAGAGUUGCCGAACCGGACCCGACGGCACCAGCUGUCGCAACAGUCACCCGUGGUGCGUGCCCUCCUGGAUGGCGCACGCGCCAGCCUGCUACGAAUCGACCUUACGGAUGCCUACUACAACGGUGCAAAAGCCACGAUGCGUGCGGCUGCCCUCACUAUUGGCUGGCCGCCAUUGUUCUUCAAUCUGAACCCGGCGGACAUGCACGCUAGCUGUGCCGUUGUAGCCUCCGGUCAGGUCAUAGAUUUUGAUGACGCCGGGCGUCCGACCCAUAUCAGCAGCACGGUGGAAAAGUGGCGCCGCGUCAAAGAAGACCCGCACAGCUGUGCGGCGCUGCUCAUCGCCACCAAAGAGGUGUUGGUGGAACACCUGUUUGGCUUCACGCCUGGAGCAAUGCGACAAACUGACCCCAACUGUUUCUGUGGGGUCGUAUUUGAGGUAGUCGUCAAAAUCGAGCAGAGCGGACGAUUGGCACUACACCUGCACGGAGUCGCACACCUCCAGUACUUCGCGCUGGACAACCUCCAAGCGUUAUUCUGCGGUCCGAAUUGCCGAGCUCUGGCGCUUGCAUACGCGUUGUGCGAAAUGUGGUACCCCUCGCCGUACUAUGCUCCGACACCGACCAAUGAAAUGCAGCCUCUCGUCAUGGGUAUGUCUAAUACGGAAGCGCAGCAACACGGCUUGUCCGUGCCAGAAGUACAGGCAAAUUGCCCACCUGCCGCGUACGACUUUGAAUGCCUGGCAGGUUCAACAUGCAAGCGGCACGGCUGCCGUGGCACCGACGACAGCUGCGGCAUGGCCUUUCCCCGAUUUAUCCGCACAGCUUUCCAGUGGGUCGGUACCACCGGUCUAUUUUUGCUGCCCCGCCUCGCAUCCAACCUGGUGCCGCACAUGCCUGCGAUUGCUCUGGCCUUCGGAUGCAACCAUCUGAUGUCCCUGGCCUGCGAAGUCGACCGGGAUUACACGGCUGACAUCGCCGCCCAACUAGCGCGUCCCAUCAACGAACGCGGCGACUGCCCCCUCCUACAACCCACCAUUGAUCGCGCCCGUGACGCUGCGUACUACAGCUCCAAGUACACUGCGAAGACAAUCGAACGCAGCCAGGCGCACCUCACAUGUACCGCCGUAGGGCGUGUACAGGACUUCAUGAUGGCAGGUCACCAACCCAGUGCCACUGGUCAUGAACCCAGCGUGUUCGGCAACCUGUGUACCGCGGUGCAUCGCAUGACGGCUACCAUCACGGCCGGCAUGGCACUGGUUGCUUUCAAACUAUCGGGCCACGACACGUUCCAAGCAACCUACAAACGCAACUACCUGGCGACAGGCGCCUUCACUGCACUGGCAUCCGAUUCCGCUGUGGAACCAGAAGACGCGGAAACCGGCGUGGAGCUUGUAGAGGCGGACGAACAUGGCGACUACACCCUCGCCAACGUUGUGCAAAACUACACGCAACGUGGUGUGGAGCUGAGCGGCUUGGACUGCAGCGCUUACACCAUCGCAUCCAACUUCGAGGUGAAACGUGUAACACCCGCGCAACACCCUCAUGCUGCCGUCCUUGGCGCUCAAACCCACGCCGUACCUGGCCGCCGCAAACGCAAGGUCCCUGGCGCCGCCAUUACCCCUAUGACUGACGCACCUCGCGCUCCAUCUGGCAACCAGCCCGACACUCCAUUGACGUCCCCUGCACCAGCCGGCCCAUCCGUGGAACAGCUGCCCACUAACCCAACGUCAACCAUACCUCCCAAGAAUGUGGCCUUCCAACCAACGCACCCCCUAUAUCUGACGCACGUACUUCAUCGCCUAGCGCAACCAAGGUACGUUGUGUUGGGUGGCAAACUGCCCCGUCGCCCGCAAGCAGAAAGCACCACCGCAGCCGCCACCGCCUACUAUGCGUUCGUUUUAGGAGUCUUUAAGGCCCACCGUGGCCAACCAGUGGCUGCCGAUCAGACAGUGAAAGAGGCGUACGACGCAUGGUGGAUGGACCUGGGAACCACUGAGACUGGCCGAUCAUACAGAGCCUGUAUCAGCGUCCUACUAGACAACAUCGAAGCAGAACACAUCGCCGGCGCCCGACGUCAAGCCGAUUACAACUUGCGACGUCGCCUACGCCGUACUGCCGCUGCAAACGCCGGUCUGGCUCCCGAAAACAGUUCCAGCGACCCAGACGAUGAAGACCCAGAAGCUGCACGACGCCAUCUCGAACCCGAUCCUACCACACAGCCGCCGCAAGACGCCCAGGUCGAACGGUAUGACUUUGUGCCAGGCCAAGGCGACCCGACGAUGGGGAUCAACCUACCCGACAUCGCCCUAACGGACCUAUACGACCGCACCACGGUGGAAGGCCUCUACGCCUACGGCGCCUUCACUGCACUGGCAUCCGAUUCCGCUGUGGAACCAGAAGACGCGGAAACCGGCGUGGAGCUUGUAGAGGCGGACGAACAUGGCGACUACACCCUCGCCAACGUUGUGCAAAACUACACGCAACGUGGUGUGGAGCUGAGCGGCUUGGACUGCAGCGCUUACACCAUCGCAUCCAACUUCGAGGUGAAACGUGUAACACCCGCGCAACACCCUCAUGCUGCCGUCCUUGGCGCUCAAACCCACGCCGUACCUGGCCGCCGCAAACGCAAGGUCCCUGGCGCCGCCAUUACCCCUACGACUGACGCACCUCGCGCUCCAUCUGGCAACCAGCCCGACACUCCAUUGACGUCCCCUGCACCAGCCGGCCCAUCCGUGGAACAGCUGCCCACUAACCCAACGUCAACCAUACCUCCCAAGAAUGUGGCCUUCCAACCAACGCACCCCCUAUAUCUGACGCACGUACUUCAUCGCCUAGCGCAACCAAGGUACGUUGUGUUGGGUGGCAAACUGCCCCGUCGCCCGCAAGCAGAAAGCACCACCGCAGCCGCCACCGCCUACUAUGCAUUCGUUUUAGGAGUCUUUAAGGCCCACCGUGGCCAACCAGUGGCUGCCGAUCAGACAGUGAAAGAGGCGUACGACGCAUGGUGGAUGGACCUGGGAACCACUGAGACUGGCCGAUCAUACAGAGCCUGUAUCAGCGUCCUACUAGACAACAUCGAAGCAGAACACAUCGCUGGCGCCCGACGUCAAGCCGAUUACAACUUGCGACGUCGCCUACGCCGUACUGCCGCUGCAAACGCCGGUCUGGCUCCCGAAAACAGUUCCAGCGACCCAGACGAUGAAGACCCAGAAGCUGCACGACGCCAUCUCGAACCCGAUCCUACCACACAGCCGCCGCAAGACGCCCAGGUCGAACGGUAUGACUUUGUGCCAGGCCAAGGCGACCCGACGAUGGGGAUCAACCUACCCGACAUCGCCCUAACGGACCUAUACGACCGCACCACGGUGGAAGGCCUCUACGCCUACGGUGCAGCUCGCCGUUGCCGUGUACUUCCUCUCCCUGAUGCACUCGGCGCGAACACCAACCCCUUCAUUCGCCGUCGGGAAUGCCAAACCUACUUGCGUUUAGCACGGCCGCCGACCAUCGAUGAAACCAUCGAGCUGUUUACCCUGGCGCCGGAUCAGGCCGUGCCAUUCAUGCUCAUGGCACGCUACUUCGACCGCCGCAACCAACCCGAUCCAGGUGUCCCACCGCAAAUGCUCGUCAUGGGUCCUCCGGGCACAGGCAAGACUCAGUUCGUACACGCACUGCUGUGGUACACGUACCAACAUGACAGUCCUGACUGGGCCGCCACGUGCGCAUACUCUUGGGCCGCCGCGAUCGCGUUCAACACCCCAGUCCAUCGCAGCCUAUCUACCCACUCCAUGUUCGGCAUCUCAGCCAGCCAAAGCGGCUCCCGUGGCACCAACUUUCCUAAGCGCGGCGCACAUGCUGGCCUUCAAGUAAAACGCAACGUCGGCGACGGCGCUGUGCUCAUCGACGAAAUUGGCAUGCAAAGCCACGAGCACCUCGGCGCCAUCAGCCACUCCUGCACAGCCAGUCUGCCGCCUCCGCCACACCUUGGGCCCGCCCAUGACAGCAGCCGCAUCUUAUCCGGCCGUGCCGCGGGCGGAAUCGGCGACCUGCUACAGCACCCUCAGCCAGGCGGUUCACCACCGUACCGCUACGCCGCCGACGUUGAGCGAAACCCCCAGUUCACUCCCUCGGCACCGACAGCACAACGCACACCAGCUUCGCUUGACGAAGGUCGAGGUCACCGUCAUGAUGACAGCAACAAUGACAACACUGACGCAGACGACGACACCGGCAACCGUCGCGCCACCACCUCCACACAUCGCACUCGUCGCCCUGUGCCACAGACGCACACCCGCCUACACGACGGCUUCAACCUGUACCGUCAGCUCGGCGGCACCGUAUUCAUGCUGCAGAAACAGCAGCGGCAAGACAACAGCCCAUCUGGCCAGCAGCUUACCCGCUUCGCAACCAUGUUCGGCGGCAUUCCAACCACUGAAGCACAUGUCGCAGAUCUAGUAGACGCACUCAACCAACGCGUCAUCACAGAUUUGUCCGAUCUCACAGACCUCGAACCCCGCGUCGUGCUGCAACGGAACGAACCCAGGCACGCGCUCAACACACGCCUCCUGAUGCUCCAGGCGCGCCGCAAAGGAGCGCGUUUGGUCAGCUGGAAUGCGGACCACGUCCCGGUUAGGCAACAUGGCGCAACCCAACAACAGGCGCUCUCACACGUCGAAAAGGCUGUCGCAAUGCGAGUAAAAGACGCCACCUUCGACCACACCACCGCCGACACUUGGUACUACGAGGGUGCACGCUACACCCUACUCGACACCACAGCUGCCGACGCCGGCGCGUGCCACAACAAUGAAGUCGAGGCGUGUGGCCUGCUUACCGACAGCCGUGAACCGCCCGACGACGGCCGCGGCCCGUACUGGCGCCUCCACUACCUACCCGCAGCCGUCUUGGUCCGUCCCAUUAAAGGGCACGCGCCCAAAGCGGUGCUAGCAGACUUAUCGGACUUCGCAGCCAAAGGUGCUGCCUUCGCCAUCGUACCACGGCCCUCGCCGGCAGCAAACAUCACCGUGCCAGCCGCCAACACCGGCACCACCACCAAAAAUGUACGUCGAGUCAAUGUACCGCUUGGUGACUACUACGCCGUCACCGACUACUUCGUACAGGGCCGUAGCUUCAAGGAAGAAUGCUGGGUCGCAGACCUUUCCGUCCCGCCCGAUCCGGUUCUGCCGGCUCGGUAUCGUAUCGGCAGAUCCGAACGCGCGAGUAGUGCUGGCAUCGGUGGUGACCCUGAUCGAGCGGCAUUCGUAGAUGAAGAUGCGUUAGCAGUUGACAGCGACGGUGGAGACAACGGGACUAAUGAGCCAGGUGCUGCAGAUGACGCGGCCACAAUGCAGCUACCUCCGGAAUUACAACCCCAUCCACCGCGGGUGCAGCCGCGGCCUUGCGUCGAUGACCCAAUAAGUGUGGAGGUUCCGUUUUGCAUGCGUCUUGAUACAGAGUUGCCGAACCGGACCGUGUUUCCACACGAUGAUGCUCCGGAUGAAUUCACCAUCUGCACCUCGUGCGAGAAGGCACUCGCAGCACGCCGAAUACCUGAAGCGGCUUUGGCACGACUCGAUCCGGGUGACGUGCCAUCUGUUAAUCACCUGGGCGAUCCCUUGCCUGCGCCCACGUUCGUGGAGAGUCAACUGCUAGGGCGGGGCCGUCUCAUGCAGCAGCUCAUGAUUGUACAUCUCGCGGGCCGCCCUCCCGAGGUAUUGCCAUGUGCCGUUCAAUCUCAUGGCAUCGCGGUCGUAAACCCUGACCCCAAUAUGCUACGGGGCCAGUUGCCCGCGCGUGUUGCGGAUUUGGCUGGCGCUUUCACGGUGGUUUGCGUGGAUCAAGUCCGAGACCGGCAGGACUUGCUGGAUCGUGUCCGCCGUGCACCAGGCCUGAAAGUGCGUGGCAACGUCGUCGUCGCCUGGGUGCGUUUCCUUCAACAUAACGAUGAAGAUGAAGGUGCAGUGGAUGAAGAAGCUAUACAGGAGUAUGAGCGUAUGGGAUGCAUUGCACAAGUACCGGAAGCACUGCUGCGCUCCGCAAUCGGUCCUACCGAUCCGGAAGUCGCUGGUGUACUGCGAAGUACCUUCCUACACGACCGUACCGGUGCUGCUGGUGUACGGCAGCUGCAUGAAACGUUGCAAGGAAACAUCGUUGGUAAUAACUUUGAUGGCGGUGGCGUUUAUGGUUCACCACUUGAGACAGCUGCCGACGACACCACAGCUGGACCGACCGGCACAGCUAAUGAUAUCCUUCAUGAUGCUGGCGCCUAUGGACCACCGCUUCGUACAGGUCCCGAUGUACCCGCGCCUGGAACGACCACCUCCGACACUCGCAUGGCAGAUGCUGGUGCUACGGGCUUGGCGCCUGUCGCGGUCGUCCUGCGCCAACCAGGCGAUCCUGCUGAUGCCAAUCUGGGCAUCCCGAAUGAACUGGAGGUGGUCCUUCCACAACCAGCUCCUGUUCCGACGGACGGCACCGACUUUGAUAACCGGCCCAACGUGGUGCACGACUUGCUCACCGGGCGUGCACGUCUCGCGUUCGCUGCUGGCGGCCGUGGUGCUCAGAUCCUGGAUGACCGCCAUCCAGCCAUCCUCAACGUCUGCUUCCCGGUUUCGUUUCCAUAUGGUUUGUCCGGACAACGGCCACCGGGUAUGUCGUUCGCCUCGUAUUGCAGCCACCUUGUACGGAGGGUGCCACGGGCGCAGUUCAGCGGUAACUUGAUGCUGCUUGCCCGAAUGUAUGAUAUCAGCGUGCGGCAGCAAAGCAUGGCGCAGGUAGGAGUGGCCCUGCGCAUGCGACCACGGCUGGGUGGAGCAGCGGCACUAGUACCACGGGAUGUGGUACGUACCAUGGCAGACAUCUUGGCACUACCGUACCGUCAUGCGCAGCGACGGCACCAGCUGUCGCAACAGUCACCCGUGGUGCGUGCCCUCCUGGAUGGCGCACGCGCCAGCCUGCUACGAAUCGACCUUACGGAUGCCUACUACAACGGUGCAAAAGCCACGAUGCGUGCGGCUGCCCUCACUAUUGGCUGGCCGCCAUUGUUCUUCAAUCUGAACCCGGCGGACAUGCACGCUAGCUGUGCCGUUGUAGCCUCCGGUCAGGUCAUAGAUUUUGAUGACGCCGGGCGUCCGACCCAUAUCAGCAGCACGGUGGAAAAGUGGCGCCGCGUCAAAGAAGACCCGCACAGCUGUGCGGCGCUGCUCAUCGCCACCAAAGAGGUGUUGGUGGAACACCUGUUUGGCUUCACGCCUGGAGCAAUGCGACAAACUGACCCCAACUGUUUCUGUGGGGUCGUAUUUGAGGUAGUCGUCAAAAUCGAGCAGAGCGGACGAUUGGCACUACACCUGCACGGAGUCGCACACCUCCAGUACUUCGCGCUGGACAACCUCCAAGCGUUAUUCUGCGGUCCGAAUUGCCGAGCUCUGGCGCUUGCAUACGCGUUGUGCGAAAUGUGGUACCCCUCGCCGUACUAUGCUCCGACACCGACCAAUGAAAUGCAGCCUCUCGUCAUGGGUAUGUCUAAUACGGAAGCGCAGCAACAUGGCUUGUCCGUGCCAGAAGUACAGGCAAAUUGCCCACCUGCCGCGUACGACUUUGAAUGCCUGGCAGGUUCAACAUGCAAGCGGCACGGCUGCCGUGGCACCGACGACAGCUGCGGCAUGGCCUUUCCCCGAUUUAUCCGCACAGCUUUCCAGUGGGUCGGUACCACCGGUCUAUUUUUGCUGCCCCGCCUCGCAUCCAACCUGGUGCCGCACAUGCCUGCGAUUGCUCUGGCCUUCGGAUGCAACCAUCUGAUGUCCCUGGCCUGCGAAGUCGACCGGGAUUACACGGCUGACAUCGCCGCCCAACUAGCGCGUCCCAUCAACGAACGCGGCGACUGCCCCCUCCUACAACCCACCAUUGAUCGCGCCCGUGACGCUGCGUACUACAGCUCCAAGUACACUGCGAAGACAAUCGAACGCAGCCAGGCGCACCUCACAUGUACCGCCGUAGGGCGUGUACAGGACUUCAUGAUGGCAGCGGUACUCGUAAACGGCACCCAACAAUCUGACCGUAUCACAGCGGGAAUGCCAACCUACUUGCGUUUAGCACGGCCGCCGACCAUCGAUGAAACCAUCGAGCUGUUUACCCUGGCGCCGGAUCAGGCCGUGCCAUUCAUGCUCAUGGCACGCUACUUCGACCGCCGCAACCAACCCGAUCCAGGUGUCCCACCGCAAAUGCUCGUCAUGGGUCCUCCGGGCACAGGCAAGACUCAGUUCGUACACGCACUGCUGUGGUACACGUACCAACAUGACAGUCCUGACUGGGCCGCCACGUGCGCAUACUCUUGGGCCGCCGCGAUCGCGUUCAACACCCCAGUCCAUCGCAGCCUAUCUACCCACUCCAUGUUCGGCAUCUCAGCCAGCCAAAGCGGCUCCCGUGGCACCAACUUUCCUAAGCGCGGCGCACAUGCUGGCCUUCAAGUAAAACGCAACGUCGGCGACGGCGCUGUGCUCAUCGACGAAAUUGGCAUGCAAAGCCACGAGCACCUCGGCGCCAUCAGCCACUCCUGCACAGCCAGUCUGCCGCCUCCGCCACACCUUGGGCCCGCCCAUGACAGCAGCCGCGUCUUAUCCGGCCGUGCCGCGGGCGGAAUCGGCGACCUGCUACAGCACCCUCAGCCAGGCGGUUCACCACCGUACCGCUACGCCGCCGACGUUGAGCGAAACCCCCAGUUCACUCCCUCGGCACCGACAGCACAACGCACACCAGCUUCGCUUGACGAAGGUCGAGGUCACCGUCAUGAUGACAGCAACAAUGACAACACUGACGCAGACGACGACACCGGCAACCGUCGCGCCACCACCUCCACACGUCGCACUCAUCGCCCCGUGCCACAGACGCACACCCGCCUACACGACGGCUUCAACCUGUACCGUCAGCUCGGCGGCACCGUAUUCAUGCUGCAGAAACAGCAGCGGCAAGACAACAGCCCAUCUGGCCAGCAGCUUACCCGCUUCGCAACCAUGUUCGGCGGCAUUCCAACCACUGAAGCACGUGUCGCAGAUCUAGUAGACGCACUCAACCAACGCGUCAUCACAGAUUUGUCCGAUCUCACAGACCUCGAACCCCGCGUCGUGCUGCAACGGAACGAACCCAGGCACGCGCUCAACACACGCCUCCUGAUGCUCCAGGCGCGCCGCAAAGGAGCGCGUUUGGUCAGCUGGAAUGCGGACCACGUCCCGGUUAGGCAACAUGCCGCAACCCAACAACAGGCGCUCUCACACGUCGAAAAGGCUGUCGCAAUGCGAGUAAAAGACGCCACCUUCGACCACACCACCGCCGACACUUGGUACUACGAGGGUGCACGCUACACCCUACUCGACACCACAGCUGCCGACGCCGGCGCGUGCCACAACAAUGAAGUCGAGGCGUGUGGCCUGCUUACCGACAGCCCGGUACUCGUAAACGGCACCCAACAAUCUGACCGUAUCACAGCGGGAAUGCCAACCUACUUGCGUUUAGCACGGCCGCCGACCAUCGAUGAAACCAUCGAGCUGUUUACCCUGGCGCCGGAUCAGGCCGUGCCAUUCAUGCUCAUGGCACGCUACUUCGACCGCCGCAACCAACCCGAUCCAGGUGUCCCACCGCAAAUGCUCGUCAUGGGUCCUCCGGGCACAGGCAAGACUCAGUUCGUACACGCACUGCUGUGGUACACGUACCAACAUGACAGUCCUGACUGGGCCGCCACGUGCGCAUACUCUUGGGCCGCCGCGAUCGCGUUCAACACCCCAGUCCAUCGCAGCCUAUCUACCCACUCCAUGUUCGGCAUCUCAGCCAGCCAAAGCGGCUCCCGUGGCACCAACUUUCCUAAGCGCGGCGCACAUGCUGGCCUUCAAGUAAAACACAACGUCGGCGACGGCGCUGUGCUCAUCGACGAAAUUGGCAUGCAAAGCCACGAGCACCUCGGCGCCAUCAGCCACUCCUGCACAGCCAGUCUGCCGCCUCCGCCACACCUUGGGCCCGCCCAUGACAGCAGCCGCGUCUUAUCCGGCCGCGCCGCGGGCGGAAUCGGCGACCUGCUACAGCACCCUCAGCCAGGCGGUUCACCACCGUACCGCUACGCCGCCGACGUUGAGCGAAACCCCCAGUUCACUCCCUCGGCACCGACAGCACAACGCACACCAGCUUCACUUGACGAAGGUCGAGGUCACCGUCAUGAUGACAGCAACAAUGACAACACUGACGCAGACGACGACACCGGCAACCGUCGCGCCACCACCUCCACACGUCGCACUCGUCGCCCCGUGCCACAGACGCACACCCGCCUACACGACGGCUUCAACCUGUACCGUCAGCUCGGCGGCACCGUAUUCAUGCUGCAGAAACAGCAGCGGCAAGACAACAGCCCAUCUGGCCAGCAGCUUACCCGCUUCGCAACCAUGUUCGGCGGCAUUCCAACCACUGAAGCACAUGUCGCAGAUCUAGUAGACGCACUCAACCAACGCGUCAUCACAGAUUUGUCCGAUCUCACAGACCUCGAACCCCGCGUCGUGCUGCAACGGAACGAACCCAGGCACGCGCUCAACACACGCCUCCUGAUGCUCCAGGCGCGCCGCAAAGGAGCGCGUUUGGUCAGCUGGAAUGCGGACCACGUCCCGGUUAGGCAACAUGGCGCAACCCAACAACAGGCGCUCUCACACGUCGAAAAGGCUGUCGCAAUGCGAGUAAAAGACGCCACCUUCGACCACACCACCGCCGACACUUGGUACUACGAGGGUGCACGCUACACCCUACUCGACACCACAGCUGCCGACGCCGGCGCGUGCCACAACAAUGAAGUCGAGGCGUGUGGCCUGCUUACCGACAGCCGUGAACCGCCUGACGAUGGCCGCGGCCCGUACUGGCGCCUCCACUACCUACCCGCAGCCGUCUUGGUCCGUCCCAUUAAAGGGCACGCGCCCAAAGCGGUGCUAGCAGACUUAUCGGACUUCGCAGCCAAAGGUGCUGCCUUCGCCAUCGUACCACGGCCCUCGCCGGCAGCAAACAUCACCGUGCCAGCCGCCAACACCGGCACCACCACCAAAAAUGUACGUCGAGUCAAUGUACCGCUUGGUGACUACUACGCCGUCACCGACUACUUCGUACAGGGCCGUAGCUUCAAGGAAGAAUGCUGGGUCGCAGACCUUUCCGUCCCGCCCGGUGGCCUCAAGCGUGCAACCAUGUACGUGUUGCUCACCCGCUACAAGACACUCGACCACAUCCGCCUCCUGCGCCCGCUCUCUACCACACCCGAUGAACGAACACGAGUCGUCAAACAGUUCAUGGCAGCAACCAAGCUGGACCCCGACCUUGCGGCCGAACUCCGCCUCCUGGAUCGCCGUGCAACCGAAACACGUGAACGCUAUACGACCGAGUACAAACACGCCAGAAACCUAGAGGAGCGUUGGACCUCCGCAGCCAACACCACCUGA